AUCCUCUUACUAGGACUUCAAUUCAGCCUAAGACGGGUGGAGUCGAUGUGGCGGUGAGGGGAAGAAAGGAUUUUGCUAGGUUGCCGCUUAAGAAUUGCCGUUAUUACAGCGUGGUAAUUACAUUACAUUGCGAAAUGACGACGACCACCACUUUCCAGGGGAUGGACCCGAGUGCAAAAAAUAGCUCCAGGGUGCUGCGACCUCCGGGCGGAAACUCCAACAUAUCCUUUGGCACAGAUGAGGAGAAGCCCCCGGCCCGCAAGAACAGAACCGCCUCCAACAUCUUUGCUGAGCCAGAUGAUCCCCACGCCCAUCGGAGGAACAACCCUCCCGGUGGGAAGCCCACGGGGGUGCUGUGUGGAGAGCCAUCUGCGCCUCUGAGACGGUGCCACCCCCAGCCCAUGGUAUUGAACAACUCGGUGUCUGAGGAGGCCACCACAGGGGUUGGGGAAAAUGAACAAGGGAAUGCUGCAGAGAAUGCGGAGGAGGAGGAGACCAUGCCAGAGUGCUGCCAGGAGGAGGUGCCACAGCCCUCAGCGCCCACAGUACCAGCCCUGGCACCCACCAGCCGAAGAAACCCUCCAGGGGGGAAGUCCAGUUUGGUCCUGGGUUGAGCUGGCUUUCCUUGAACUAUUUCAUUAUUUUUAAGAGCCCCCUCUCCCUGUCCCCUUCUCUGUGAGCCAUGGAGUCCUCCCUUUUUUUUUCGGUUUGGUUUUUCAUGCCCCCCCACCCCCACCAAAAAUGUCAACAGAAGCACUUUAUGUAUCUGCUCCCUUUCAGUCCAUUCUGUAGCGCAUCUGGCCUGCUGGAAAAGGCAUGACAUUUACCCUGUCUGUCAUCCACCCCUCCCAAAUGUAAAUGGUAAAAGGUUUGAUGCGUGAAUUUGU